AUGGCAACCCCAUCAGCUCCGUCUCAUCCGGGCCCAGAACACUUGGUUACUGUCAAGGUACUAUACAAUGACAGUAACCGUCGCUUCAAGAUCCCUUUGAAGGAGUUGAAGGCUCAGGUGUUCCCCCAGAUGCUUCGAACCCUCCUCGGCGUUCCGGCGGAUGUCAACGUCAUUCUGGAACGCUAUUCUGACAGUGCCGGUUCUUACAUUCGCUUGGAAUGUGACAACAUCGCAGUCUACAAGCAACUUUACCGAGCUGCCAAGGCCAAGUCUAAGCUCCGUAUCAAGGUUACUACUCUCACUUCCCCCACCACAUCGGCACCCACACCAGUACCAUCAGAAUCCACUGUGCCGACGGAGUCAGUCAGCCACUCUCGUCACAGUUAUCUUGAAACCGUUUUGAGUCCUCCGGCACCCCCCAACACUUACCCUCUCGUCGAGCCGGUUCAAGCUCCUCAGCUCAUCGACUCGGCCGAAGUUCUUCAACCCACUUGCGAGAAACAGUUGGCCCUUGAUCAAACUCGCUACCGCACUUUUGAUGUGGACCAAGAAAGGAAUCAGUUCCCCGUCAUCUCUCACAACUCCCCCAACGGAAUGUUCUGCAUUGACUGCAACCACUGUGGUCGCUCAAUUGCAAAUGGGCAUUACCACUGUAGCAUUUGCGAAAACGGGGACUAUGACUUGUGUCUACAGUGUGUCGGUGCCGGUGCAACUUGCCGCGGCGAAGGUCACUGGUUGAUCAAGAGAACAGUCAAAGAUGGCGUGGUCACCAAUAGCACAACUGAGACAAUUGCACCUCGAGAUCAAUCCCUCCCAGAGUUUAAACCUCUGCUUCCCACCCAGGUUCAGCGCGAGGUAAUCACCAAGCCGGUAGUCCACAUCCCCGACUCGGUCCAGGAGCCCAUUCAGGAGUCAGUUGCAGAGCCAGUGGCCUCAUCAGCUUGUUCGAACGCAGCCGUGCAAGGUGACGACAAGCCUGUGUGCAAUGGAUGCUGUCGCGAAGCGGAUGAAAGUAAUCUUGUCCGGUGCAAUGACUGCGAGGACUAUGAUCUUUGCCUUCGCUGUCUCCUCAGAAACAAACAUGGCCAUCACCCCGGUCACACCUUCCAGCUUGGAUCUGACCGAAACUUCUGUUUGAAGAAUCUAAUCACCUCUCGCUGCCUUCCUGGCCGCCAGUUUCGACACGCCGCUAUCUGUGAUGGAUGUGACAAGCGCAUCGUUGGCGUUCGUCACAAGUGCCUGGCGUGCCCCGAUUGGGACUUCUGCCCCUCUUGCAUCUUGACUGCUUCUGACAGCCAUCCUGGUCAUCGAUUCGUGCAAGUCUACGAUACUAUCGGUGAACAGGCUCGGGAACAUGAAAUCCACUAUGGCAUAUUCUGUGAUGGUCCUCUAUGCAAGAAUAAACCCGCCCAGAACUACAUCAACGGGGUUCGAUACAAGUGCGCUGUCUGCGACGACACCGAUUUCUGUGCAAGCUGCGAGGCCCUCCCGACCGAUCAUCACAACCGCACUCAUCCAUUGGUUAAGUUCAAAACUCCUGUCCGUAGUGUGACUGUGAGCACUGUGGGUGACAACGGCUCGGGUGGAGCGGUCGCUUUGGGUGACCAACUUUGUACCCCCACCCGAGUGGCUGACCAGGUCGAGUUCGAGGAGCAAGAACCCGUUGAAGUGGAAGCUAGCAAGCCUGUAGAAAAGGUUGAGGCUCAACCACUCAUGAGCAAGCCCAAUUCCGAAGCCGAUAGUUCGGAUGUGUCGGAUUAUAAGGCCUUCUUCAUUCGCGACACCAUCACUGACGGUACCAAGAUGGCACCAAACACCAUGUUCCAUCAGACUUGGACUCUUUACAAUCCCGGUCCUGCCGCAUGGCCCAUUGGCUGCGAUGUACGCUUCGUCGGUGGUGACAAGAUGUUCAACGUCGAUCUCUGCCACCCAUCUAGCGUUGAAUCUAUUCGCUCGGCCAUGGAAAGCAACAAGCUAUUCGCACCCGUGGAACCCGGCGAGAGUGCUGACUUUACCGUCAAUCUGCGCACCCCCCACCAUGAGGGUUCUGCUAUCUCCUACUGGCGUCUCAAACUUCCUAAUGGUGUAGCUAUCGGUCACCGUUUGUGGUGCGAUGUCGAUGUGCAGACCACUUCGGCGGCAACCACCACCAGCGAGACCUCCCCUGUUGUGUCGGAGGUUGCCGGAAGUGGUAUGAUCUUCCCUAAACUGGAGAAGGAAUCCCCCGAGUCGAGCACUCACCAAGCCGAGGUUCCCGCGCCCCAGGCACCUACCUUGUCCAACUCCUCCGAAGGUGACAUUUUAGAGGAUGUUGAAAGCCUGACUCUGGAUGAUGCUUCCACUGACACUGGGUUCUUGACUGACGAAGAAUAUGAUGUUCUUGAUGCCAGUGAUCAGGAAUAUCUUGACGCCAAGCAGUCUGCAUACUAA